UAGGGUUUGGCGGUCAUGAAAUUCAAGGCGUUGUGCGUUUUACUAGCAACCUACUUGGCUAUGCCAUGUUGUUCCGAACCUUUUAUUAUGGAACUUCCUGGCUACGCAAAAACUGUUUUGGGAGGUUAUGGAAACCUGAGCACAUCCUGGUACGAGCCUCGACGUCCGUUUUACUCUUUCCGCUAUUUCCAUUAUGCGGCAAAACCAACUUAUGAGACUCGAUACCUGCCUCCGGUUCCUUCAAACUAUCCAUACCCAGAUGACGAAAUCUAUAACUCAAUUGAUUUACCUCCUGGUUGUGCCCAAGGUGAUCGUAAUGGACUAGAAGAUUGUCUUAUCCUGAGCGUUUACACGCCUAAAUUUCCAGGUAACGCUUCAGAUCUGUCAACGACGUUUGACGACUUGUUGCCUGUCAUGGUUUGGAUACACGGCGGUUCUUUCAUAUUCGGUCAAAGUAUUAUCUACGAGCCUAACACCUUUAUGGCACAUGAUGUCGUUAUGGUUGUAAUUCAAUACCGUCUUGGUCCUCUCGGGUUCCUGUCGUUAGGCACGGACGAAAUUCCGGGAAACGCGGGUAUGGCCGAUCAAGUAGAAGCUUUGCGCUGGGUACAGAAGUUCAUUAAAUAUUUCGGUGGAGACAAAGACAAGGUCACCAUUGUUGGGGAAAGUGCUGGAGCAGCAAGUGUUGGUUUCCUUCUUCUUGCACCCCAAUCUAGAGAAGAAAACCUCUUUAGGUAUGCAAUUGCCGAAUCAGGCUCUAUGUUGGCUGAUUGGGCAGUCGAUCGUAACUCCACUAAACACGGAUACGUGAUUGCUGAACUGGCCGGCUGCCCGCUUGAGCCCUACGAGGAACUACUGCAUUGCUUACGAAGCAUUGAUGUCAUUGCUCUACAGGCUGCUCAAUCAGCUUUCUCGGCCAAUGAUGUACUUAAUGGCGGAUUGGGUUUCGGGGGGCAAUCUCCCGUGAUCCAGACGGCCGGAAAAGUGAAGUAUUUGACAGAAGAACCGAGACAUUUGAUUGAAAGUGGCCAAUAUAAAACCGAUGCGCAUCUUAUGUUCGGUGCCAACGAAGGAGAAGGAAUUAUGGCUUUAGAUAUGACUCUAGACUUGUACAUCCGGCCAAACGGUUUAGAAAAUGACGAAGUCUUUUGGAAAUACGAUUCCGUGAGAACUAUACUCGCAGCUCUAGGAAUUCGUGAUGACACUGGUGCUCUAGGAGACGCUUUAACAACGAAAUAUCUUAGCUAUGCUGUUGAUUCUUGUCAAAUGGGAAACUUUACUGUUAUGAUUCCCGGUCUGGUUGACAUAGCUGGCACCUUGUUCCUGAAAGCCGGUGGUUGGCAAACGGUGUUGCUUCACACAAAAUUCAACCCACACGCUUAUUGGUACUCGUUUGAUUUUUUCGGCAAAGUCAGUUUGAUCAGCGCCGACGAAAUACUUCCGCGCGGUGUAAUGCACGCUGAUGAAAUUAUGUACCUGUUCACGAUGCCCAUUCCGCAUAACGAAACGGAAAUCGAAUUGUCGAGAAAAAUGUUAGAAAUUUGGACGACAUUCGCUACAUACGGAGAACCAACACCAGACGCGGUGACUAUGAGAGAAGGUAUUCCGAAAUGGCCUCCCUACACUCACGAGAAAAAAGAAUUCAUGGCAAUCAACAAAUACUGGAGUGUCAAAAAUGACUACACUUUGUAUUACACAGUUACUGUGGAUAAGGCGGGGCCGAGGUCCGUUAGUCGACAAUCUGCCGAAGCAUGUGCCAACGAGUAUUGGACUUCGAAGAAGAAGCACGAACGUCGUCGUGCUGCCUAACUGGCAGACUGCA